CACUAUAAAUGCAAGUUUUUCCAGCUAAGAGAUUAAUUGUCGACCUCUGGGUGAUAAAGCCACUACAGUGCGUUUGCACAGCUUCACGACUUAGUAACGUUAUCGGGCUUGAAGGGAGGGAAAGUUGACGUGUGAAUUACUGUAUACUCAGCCUAAUGCAAUAGUCACGGAUACCGUUCCAGGCGAGGUGGCACAGACAGAGAGAAGGCCAGUCAGCAGAUUUUACGACAGCAAACCAGAGCUGUGCUGUCAUACUGUACAACAGUGUGUGAGUCACAGGGUAUAGUCUUUUUACGUGUUAGUCCCACGAGACAUUUGCAUCAAGAGGACUAUAUAAUACCAACACAGCUUGUUUCUGGAAUGAUGGGUUGCUGUCAAACCAACAGUUAACCGGGAAUUUGAUUUUGAAAACAUGCCGAUCACUGUGACACUUGCAACAGCUGGACGCAGGUAGACGGUUUUCAUAUUUUGGUUCACGUGAGUCACACAGGUGGAUUGCUCUCUGGGAAAACACCAAGCUGCAGUGACUGGGCUUUAUCGGAACAGGCAUAGCUUUUAUGAGAUUGUAUCUAGGCUGCUUUGGCGGGUUACUCCUCAAGAUCAAGUGUAACCAUUAACUACCGAGCGCAUGGUAUUCUAUACCGCCUUGGAGAAGCAAGCUUACGUCGGAAUUCUAGGAUUUACACGUCAUGGUGUCAACGGAACCGUGCCACUUUAGGGCACACUUCCUUAGGAAAUGAAUUUAUUCACACACGCUUGAUUUAUGCAGCAGUCACAUUUUAUAUUCAUAAAAGGGAAAACUAAGUCUUGAUGGGUGACGUUGAAGUACUGGAUAAUUCUAGUCAAAUUGGACAGCUUUUUGAGGCGUGUGAUCUAGAUGGUUCUGGGUAUAUAGACCAGUCGGAGUUGGCCAGAUUAUGCACAGAACUUACCACAGACGAACUUGGAGAUGUCUUUAAAGAGUUGGACAAGGAUGGGGACGGCCGAAUCAGUGUGGCAGAGUUUACGGAAGGAUUUAAAAGCAUAUUGAUAGAUAAAUCGAGGAAGAAGAGCUUGAAGAGGGGGAACUCCAUUUUAAGUCAAGGUGGAACUGGAGAUGAUUUUGCCAAGAGACUGGACGAAGGGCUCGAGGCGCUCUCUUGUCAAGAAAACGUUUGUGAGUUAUACCAGCAAUUGCACGCCUCAGACGUACCCCACCUCUUGACCCAGUUUGAGACCAUCAUCCUCAGCGUGAUUAAAGAUGUCCGGCAGCAGCAACUUGAAAACCAAAGCCUUGAAUCAUCUUACAGAAGAGAAAAAGAACACCACGCGGCACAGAUACAGCUAUUAGAGGAUGAGCUGGAGGGCCAGGUUCAGAAAAUUGAACAGAGGGUCCGUGCUGAGGAGAGGGAGAGAAAUAAAGGAGAGGUGGAAACAAUGCAGCAGAAGUAUGAAGAUGAAAUUCGAAACCUGCAAACAAAUCUAGUUAAAUUGCAAGGGUUACAAGAAAAGCCUCGAAAAGAAAACAAUCAAGAUGGCCAAGUUAGCAAACUAAAACGUCAGCUUGAAGAAUUGUCCGAAGAAAACCGGGAACUACGAGCAACUGUGAAUGAUGCCCAGACGAACUUGGCCCUGGUUCGAAGUGAAUUGGCAGGCCUGAGACAGGACCAUGCUGAGAAACUGGAAGCGUUGCAAUUAGAGAAAGACACCAUGGCGGAGUACGCUAAAGAGCAAGCACAUCUUACAAGUCAGUUGCAACAGUUACACGAGGCAAACAGAAAGCUACAUGAUACCAAUGACGAUCUUAGAGCUGCACUGGAACAAUCUCAUAUGGCCCUUCGGAAGAUUUCAACAUCCGCAACGCCUGGGCGAUUUCCUAAUCUCAGCUCGCCCGAUUCUCCUAACCCGCCACCAGAUUAUCCCGGACGUACGCACAGUUCCAAUUCAUCCCUGGCAGACGAGAUAAGCCAGACAGAAAGUCUCGUUCAUUGUGAUCCCGUAAAACGUUUCCUCCCAGCCCAAGAGAGUUGCGAGGUUGAUAGUAUGCUGGAUGAUAUCGACAGUGGUCAUUCGACUUUAAGGGACGCCAAUGACCAGGAAUCUGACGAGUCUCCCUAUCACCGGCUAACCACACCAGCAAAGGUGCGAAGAAUCAGUCGUAGUAAACGAGUGUCGCACCACGACUCUGAAACUGAAGCACCCGAAUCUCAUGAUGAGAUGGAGACAGAAAUUGAGGCCAUGUCUAUACGCGAUGGUGACUCUGGACAGAGGCAGAGCAGGCUCGUACGUAAGAGGGAUCGAGACAUAGAAUUGGGAUCUCGUUCACCACGGUCAAGACCUGGCUCAGCGGGAAGUGGGAGCUCUGUCAGAAGCUUAACGUUCAGCAGAGGGAGCAGAGACGGGAGUGUUCGUAGGCAGCUUCCUACAAUACCAUCUCAAGUCACAGUUAAUAAAACCUCGGACCCAGAGAGGAUGUAUAAAGUGGUACUGGCAGGGGACGCUGCCGUCGGGAAAUCUAGCUUCAUUAUGCGACUGUGCAAAGGAAAGUUCGUAGCCAACCUAAACUCCACAUUGGGUGUUGAUUUCCAAACAAAAGCACUGGAUGUUGAUGGCAACAAUGUAGCACUUCAGUUAUGGGAUACAGCCGGGCAGGAAAGAUUUCGCAGCAUUGCCAAAUCCUACUUCAGAAGAGCUGACGGUGUCCUGUUGCUCUAUGAUGUUACGUAUGAAAGGUCCUUCAUCAACAUCAGGGAUUGGAUUGAUGCCAUAGAGGAUGGUGCUGAAAAACAAAUCCCGAUAAUGAUGUGUGCAAACAAAACAGACGCGCGAGAGGAAGCGAAGGCAGAUGGUAAAAAGGUUGUUACUGCUGAGGACGGCCAGAGACUGGCUAGAGAGUACAACUCUCUUUUUAUUGAGACGAGUGCCAAAGAGGGGUCGAAUAUCUGUGAAGCUGUCACGGAACUUGCAAGGUGGAUGAAGACAAACGAAGACAUAGAGGUCAAAUCAGUUGGACUUCAGCUCCAUGUUUCCCCCAAAAGAGAGACGAAGAAAAAGAACUGCUGCUGACCUAUUUUGGGUGGAUUUUUUUUUACAGUGCAUUGCAAACGUAUAAAAUUGGAACUUGAGUAUCGUUUUUGUGGGUUUUAACCAAAAGGGUUUUUUGACACUUUCAAAAUAGUUUUGGUGUAUGGGUACGGUCUUUUUUCAUCUUUGUAAAUUCCAGUUUAUUCACCGAAACAUAGAACAUAGAAAGCUUCCAUCUGUUAAGUAUUAGUUCUUUAUUUGGGACCUAUAUUUGUGUUUCCAAGACAAUAUAUGGCUUGUACUAUACAUUACGGUUACAUUAGACAUCAUUAUCAUGUAGUGUAAUACAAAGAUAUGUCCUGGUGAGUAAAUAUAUAAGUACUUUUGGUUUAUUAUUUAUUUGAUAAAAAUUAUGGAGUGGUAAAAGGCAAUCUGCAGCUGAUUCAUUUUUCAUUUUAAAUAAUUGCGUUUUACAUUUUAUGGAUAGUUUCACGCCAUUCCCACUGAUGCUGUCCACGCCUUGCGUCAGAUACCAAGCUGGAAUCCAGGAACCCAGGUUGAUUUUGCAAACCAAAUAACUUUAUGUCAGUGUCCGAACACAGAAAUGCACAUAAGGUGCAUCAAGCAAUCUAACUGAAUAUUCCAAAUUCGUGUUCUUUCUUUCAAGGAGAUGUAUAUAUCUCAUGCGAGGUUCGUUACCUCAGUUUUGUUUUAGUAACUGAUUUAUUGUUAUCUUGUAAUAUAUCAUUUUGUUGAUACUUCAUUUUAUAAAUGCGGUAUAGGGUGUAAAUAUCUGUAUAGUAAAAUGGUCAAGUAGCUUGUUAAACAAGUGCAAUUAUUUUAUGGAGUUUUAAUUUUAUGUUGUAGGGACAUGCUCAAAAGGAAAUAAAUUAUUCACAAAG